AUGUCGUCCGGAAGACUCCAAUGCCGCAUGUACGCCAACAAGUUCCCCGAAGUGGAUGACUUGGUGAUGGUCAACGUCCGCCAAAUCGCCGAGAUGGGCGCCUACGUCCAGCUGUUGGAAUACGACAACAUCGAGGGCAUGAUCUUGUUGUCGGAGCUCUCCCGCCGUCGUAUUCGGUCCAUCCAGAAGCUGAUUCGUGUUGGCAAGAACGAGGUUGUUGUUGUUCUCCGUGUUGAUAAGGAGAAGGGCUACAUUGAUUUGUCGAAGCGUCGUGUUUCGGCGACUGAUAUCGUCAAGUGCGAGGAGCGCUACAACAAGUCCAAGGCCGUGCACUCGAUCAUGUCGACUGUCGCCAAGAAGGAGAACAAGGACCUCGAGGCUCUCUACGAGCAGUUGGCUUGGCCCUUGUACGCCAAGUACGGCCACGCAUACGAUGCCUUCAAGGCCGCCCUCAACGAGUCCGAGAAGGUGUUCGAGGGAUUGGAGAUUGAUGAGAGCACAAGGGAGGAGCUGUUGAACAACAUCAAGCGCCGUUUGACACCACAGCCUAUCAAGAUCCGUGCUGAUAUCGAGGUGACAUGCUUCGACUAUGAGGGUAUUGAUGCCAUCAAGAUCGCCUUCAGGGAGGCCGAGGCCCAGUCCUUGCCCGAGGUGCCCAUCCGUGUCAAGCUUGUCGCUCCCCCACUCUAUGUCAUGAUCACCAAUGCUCUGGAUAAGCAGCUCGGAAUUGAUACCAUGGAGAAGGCUAUUGUUGUCCUCGAGGAGAGCAUCAAGAAGAACAAAGGCAACAUGGUCACCAAGAUGAGCCCCAAGGCUGUUACUGAGGCGGAUGAUAUGGAGCUUGACCAGCUGUUGGCAAGAAUUGACAAGGAGAACGCAGAGGUUUCAGGAGAUGAUGAUGAUUCGGGCUCGGAUGCCGACAUGGCCUAA